AUGAUAAUAAAGAGAACCAGGUUGAUGGAGGACAACACACACUGUCACUUCAGCAUUUCACUGAUAGUAGAGAGAAAAAAAGACACAUUUUUCAAGCCAUCUUCCAACAAUAAGAAAAAGACUGCCACCAAUAACACAGCUGUCCCAUUCAAGAAGAAGGAAAACACCACAGUAGCAGUAGAAGAGAAAUACAUAUCAUUAAACGUAGGAAGAGCAAGAAGAGACUGUUUCGGUGAGUUGAAAGUAAUUCGUGGAAAAAGACUUCCUGUCAGGGUGAAGGAAACAGCUUCAGCACUGGAGUUGAAAUCCUUAGCAAUCGACAAACAUAGUAACCACGACCAAGAAUUUUGUGCUUUAGAAAGCUAUGUUAUGUUGUAUCCCGACUUGAAGGAAGUGACAACUCUACCUGGAAAUAUGGAUGACUUUCGAUUAAAUAAGUACAGGGAUUGUUUGGGAAAGCCAUAUGAAGAUUAUCAAUACGCAAAAAAGGUAUGUAAUUGUAUUACUCCAGAGGGUGACGAUGUUACAAUGGAAGACUACCAGAAUGUGUACCUGACAACAGACGUCCUGGUAUUGCCCCACGUCUUCGAGACAUUUCAAGGCGUGUGCCUGACAAACUACAAACUUGACCCUGCUUAUUUCUAUAGCGCACCCGGCCUAGCCUGGAAUGCAGCCCUAAAAUUUACAGGUAUAAGGCUAGAGCUCUUUAAAGAUCCCGAUAUGCUCCUCAUGUUCCAGAAGGGUAUCCGGGGAGGCAUAACCCAGGCCGUACACCGAUAUGCCAAAGCAAAUAGUAAGUACAUGGGAGAGCAGUACGAUCCGGAGAUUGAAUCCCUUCUACUUGCAGCAUUCACCGAAAGGCGUAUCAGGAAGCUCGUUGAGGGCAACAAGCAUGGGUAUAUAGUAGAGGUAGAUAUUGAUUACCCCGAGGAAUUACAUGAGAAACAUAACGAGCUGCCGUUCCUGCCCGAACGAAGGACGGUUCACAAGGUCGAAAAAUUGAUACCGAAUUUGGAAAACAAGUGUAAAUAUGUGGUACAUAUUAGAGCCCUUUACGAGGCUAUAAAACAUGGGCUUGAGCUCAAGAAGGUGCAUAGGGUGAUCAGGUUUAACCAGAAGGCAUGGUUGAGGGGGUACAUUGAUCACAAUACAAGGUUGAGAACGGCUGCCGGGAAUGAGUUUGAAAAAGAUUUCUACAAAUUGAUGAACCUCUCGGUGUUUGGGAAGACCAUGGAAAAUAUCAGAAAUCACCGCAACAUCCAACUGGUCACCAAUGAGGAUAAGUACAUGAAGCUUGUAAUGAAGCCUAAUUUCAAGGGUGAAAGCCGGUUUAGCAAAAACCUAUUAGGCGUAGAGAUGGGCAAGACGGAGGUAAAAAUGAAUAAGCCCAUAUACAUUGGCCAGGCCAUCCUGGAUAUAUCGAAGCUGGUCAUGUACGAAUUCCAUUAUGACUACAUGCAGCCCAAAUACGGUAGCAAGCUCCAACUCUGCUAUAUGGAUACGGAUUCCUUUGUGUACCACAUCAAAAUAGAGGACUUUUACAGGGAUAUAGUGCAGGAUGUUAAAGCACGCUUUGACACAAGUGCCUAUAAUCCCGAUGACAGAAAGCCCCUCCCAAUGGAUAAAAACAAAAAGGUGGUAGGACGAAUUAGGUGGAAAAAUAAUGACUGA